AUGAAACUUCUGCUUAGUAUAUAUUACACUGGCAUUUUUUGUUAAAUCAGUUCGUGCAGCUUAAUUCUGAACAUCUUAUUAUGAAUAUGUCUGUCAUGUACUGGUUUGGAUGAUUAGGUCAGACUCAGACAUCAGCAAAAACUAAUUGUUACCUUUAAUAUUGACCCCUGCUGUAAAAUAAUUUGAAAGCUGCGAAAUUAAAAAUUUUCUCGGAAAUUCUUCCCUAAAAUUAACUGAAUCAAUUUACAAUGAAACAAAGUGCUGCUUUUUGAUUUAUUUGUUUGAUUUAGUUUAUUUUUUGCUUAAUAGAAUAUGAGUUAUUUCUCUUUUCUGAUUGGAUAAUCCUAUUAACUUUUACUAAAUUCUGCGAAACACCCCGUGGAUGCUGAAAGCUGGAAAAUUACCUUAGAAGAAUGAGCACAAACACCAAUUCCAGCUCCUCUCUCUUUCCCGAAAUGGAACUACAAGAUACUAGUUCGAUCAGUAUGAGACCCCACAACAUCAACAAGAACAACAGAAAGUCCAGCCCUUCUUCAGUCUUCGAGAAGAUUCUAGCGGCCACUUUGGAUUCCAUUUCCGGGAGUCCUUCAGGUGAGGGGUCUCUUGAGGGCCUGGACGUGAACAAAAUGACUGGCAGGAACUCCAAUCUACAAUCACGACAUCAUCAGGUGUCUUUUCCUACAUUGGAUGAACCCGAGUCCAACUCGGAGCACAGAAUGGACACCUCAAACCAAUUGUCUGAUGAUAAAGAAGCGGCAGAAGAAACCACAGUGACUAGUGAUAGAGAGAACGAAUGCAUUGUGACCAGUCCAUACAGCAACGAUGGAUCGACGACGACAACAAUAACAUCAACUACCGAAUCAACUCCUGCAUCCGGCCUUCGUGCAAACCUACUGAGAAAACGAAGGAGCAACCGCCAUUCCUCCUCACAAAACGGACCCUCACUUUCCGAUGAGCACCGACUAGCUCUCAGCUUGCGAAGGAUCAACACUCAACAUUUCUUGCCAGCGUACUUCCCAUUCGGUCGAUCUAAUGGGGGUGAUUCGCCCCCCUCCGAUCCAGAAAACCCCCGAAGUAUCAAUUCGGGGACAGUGAAUACUGUGUACAAGGAGACUCAGGCCAAAGCCCUCUACUACUCCAUCAAAACUCUUCAAGUGGGGUCAAAGGUCAAACUUACGGACGUGCAGAAAAUGAUGCAGAUUUGUGACAGGAAUGACAAGGCCAAGAGAGCAAUGAAGGCUGUGUUGUCCUGCUUCGCUGCCAUCUCCCAUAAUUUCAGCCUGGACCUGCCCCUGACAGACCAGAUGAUCGCUCUCACAUAUGGCGACGAUAGGAGGUGAAGAUGUGUGAACAAAUAAAGAAAAGAUAUGAACAGAAAGGAAAAUAAGCGAACUAAAUCUGAACAAAAAAAGAAAAAGAACUGAAUUAGUUUAGGUCUAAUGGACUUGGACUGUCUAACAGAACUUAUUUUUAUACUCGUUGUUCUAUCCUAUAUCAAUGAUGACUUUUUUGUGUAUCUUUUUUGUGUAUAUUUUUAAGUUUGUAUUAUGAAGAAUUAAAAUUUGAUUCGUAUAUAAGUCAUAUUGGAUUGCUUGCU